CUCGAGUGUCAGUGUGUGUCGACAACCCGGGAUCGUGACACGCAGGUCGAUGAUUCGCUGUGCGGUGCUAUGAGUGGACAGUGACCGUGCGAUGGAGGAAACGACAUCCCCAAGUAUCAGUGUUCGGGCCAAGUGUUCCCAGCCGCGGCCGUUCUCCAUAGAGUCCAUCAUGGGACUGGUGGACAAGGCGAAGGCCCAGGACCUCAGCGUCAGCCUGGUCAGGCGAGAAGAACCGCCGCCCCCGGGGCCGCCCCCGCCGCUCCUCAUCCCUCCGGAAGCUCACCGUUCGCUAGCCCACGGCCACGAGGUCGACCGCUGGGUGACCGAGCCCUGCCUCAACCUCAAUCCUUUCCUCUACCACUCGUGGCUCGCCUCCCUGCCUCUCCGCCAGGAUCUCACGCCGACCUCGUUGCCCCUCUUCUGCUCACCUCCGCCCCACCAUUCCGACGACUCGAGGUCUGACUCGCGGUCGCCCGUAACCCCGCACGACCUCACUCUUCCCAGAAACCACCCUGUUGGGAGUCCAGGAGGUAGUGGCCUGGAAAGUGGAGACGGCGAGGACGAUGAGGCUGCAGCCCCUCAAGUGUCCGCCGCCAACAAGACUCGGCGUCGCCGCACUGCCUUCACCAGCGAGCAGCUAAUGGAACUAGAGAGGGAGUUUGUCGCCAAGAAGUACCUCAGCCUCACAGAACGGUCACAGAUCGCCAAUGCGUUAAAUCUCAGUGAAGUACAGGUUAAAAUAUGGUUCCAGAACAGAAGAGCGAAGUGGAAAAGAGUGAAAGCUGGCGGGAUGUCUUCGUCUUCAGGUGGGGGCAGUCAUCGAGCCAGUGCAUCGGGCGCCAGCAACGGCGGAUGUAAGAUCGUAGUCCCCAUACCGGUCCAUGUCAACAGGUUCGCAGUGAGGUCUCAGCACCAGCAGCUGGAGAAGUGUGGUCCAGGACUGGCCCACCUGCAGGGACUCAGGAUACAGCCUCCUGGACCGGGUUGCUAACCGCGACACUCCCCUGCUGAUCGGCAGAGUGUGCCCUCACCGGACGUCCAGGACUGGCCCACCUGCAGGGACUCAGGAUACAGCCUCCUGGACCGGGUUGCUAACCGCGACACUCCCCUGCUGAUCGGCAGAGUGUGCCCUCACCGGACGUCCAGGACUGGCCCACCUGCAGGGACUCAGGAUACAGCCUCCUGGACCGGGUUGCUAACCGCGACACUCCCCUGCUGAUCGGCAGAGUGUGCCCUCACCGGACGUCCAGGACUGGCCCACCUGCAGGGACUCAGGAUACAGCCUCCUGGACCGGGUUGCUAACCGCGACACUCCCCUGCUGAUCGGCAGAGUGUGCCCUCACCGGACGUCCAGGACUGGCCCACCUGCAGGGACUCAGGAUACAGCCUCCUGGACCGGGUUGCUAACCGCGACACUCCCCUGCUGAUCGGCAGAGUGUGCCCUCACCGGACGUCCAGGACUGGCCCACCUGCAGGGACUCAGGAUACAGCCUCCUGGACCGGGUUGCUAACCGCGACACUCCCCUGCUGAUCGGCAGAGUGUGCCCUCACCGGACGUCCAGGACUCCGAGAGCUAGAAGGAAGGUCCGGCAGCCCGCCGACUGAAGGAGGCGGGUUCAGAAUCUCCGACUACACCGACCGGAAGGGUGUCGAGAGAACAUGUCUGGGAGGAGCCAAAACUCUUCUCGGACACAAGAACCUUCGCGGCCUCGCAACUUCAGCAAAGCCGUGUGAUUCAAUGUGCAAUGUAGUGUAUAUAAUACUUUAAAAACUAACUAAACUGAACAUUUAAACAAUAUUGCUCUGUCGUUUGACUUAGACAGAAAUGACUUCAAAAAUAAGCAUACCUGUUUUUUAUCCUUGGUUGUAACAGUGCUUCAUAUAUUUUUGUCCUGGAAUUUCAAAGUGCCAUCUCGAGUUAGAGCGUGUUUGCUGUCAAAUUGAUAACAGGAAGUAGAGUAUCGUAAGUAAUAUAGUGUGACAGCCAGAAAGUACGUACAGUACCUCGAUGGGUGAAAUCUGCCACUUUGACAUAGAACUAAAGUUUUGGGUUCCGAGUUGCUGGUCUCUAUAUUCAGCGUAUGUACUAAAUAUUAUUGAGGUAGUGCAAUCGAUUUUUGGCUCGGAAAAUAUUCUUUGUGGUUAAAUGCAUAGCCUUUUUUACCAAUUCAAGUAAAUUACAAGCAUUCAGAUUAUGAAAAUUUUUAAUCAUGUCCAAAUAAAAUCCCCUGAAAAUAAAAUUGUGAAAUUUUUACACCAUUUGCAUGAGCUAUAGCUUCGGGGAGUGAUUUCUUUUAUUUAUAACAAAUUUAAUUUUUUUAACAAAUUAUUGAAAAUGUCUAAUAUAGAAAGAAAGAAAGAAAGAAACUUUAUUUCUCACA